GGACUGAGUAAGAAGACGGGCGUGUCCUCCAGCGUUCUUCAGGCCAUGUGGGUGAACUGCAGCACAGACAGUCUGUCCGCUGCGCUGGCCUCCCUGAGGAACCUGUACACACCCAACAUCAAGGUGAGUCGUCUGCUGAUGCUGGGUGGUGCCAGUGUGACCUGGUGCACAGAGGUGGUGGGUCGUGCCCCCAUCCUGGCUGUCCACGCCCACCUGGGCCACUUGGAGAUGGUCGCUCUGCUGCUUGAGAUGUGGGCUCCUGUGGAUGGGACCACUGACAGCGGCAUGACGCCCCUCUGCCUGGCCGCCGCCGCAGGACACGUCGACAUCGUCAGCCUGCUCUGCAAGAAAGGAGCCAAGGUGGGCCACGCUGAUAAGAACGGCCAGUGUGCACUGGUCCACGCUGGGCUGAAGGGCCACGCAGAGAUCAUCAACAUCUUGCUGGGCCAGGACUGGGGAGCGGAGAGCAACGCUGACCCCCAGCAGCCCAACAGCAGCCAGACAGAGACUGGGAGAACACAGGCAGCCCAGCAGGCGGUCACGGCUGCAGCAAGCGUGGGACACACACAGGUGGUGAGGAGCUUGCUGGACUUGAAAGACGAACAGCUGGCAGUGCAGAUGGACGCACACGACUCUCUCUGGGGAGAAACGGGUGCGAUUCUCCUAUCAGUCAGAUAAAUUUAGCUUUCUCACCUCUUUCUGUCCAUCAGCGGGGUUCUCGAGCCACGCUCAAGGGCGUUGGGGUUGAAUUUCAGACACACUGGAGCUCUGUACAGUGAAUAGAUACUGAGCAGCCAACGUGCAUGUGGAAGCUCUGUGAAUACAAUAGAUACCCACAGUAUUAUGAUGUCAGGAGGCUCUGGUUGAUAUCAAAUCAUUGAUGCAACUGUAAAUACUUGUUUCACCCGAAGCGGAGCCUCACACAUAUCACACAGAAUAUCUUGUCCGGCCACAUUCGUAGCAUCUAAAAAGCAUCAGUUAUUCAAUUGUAAUACUCUUACCGCUGUCACAGAUGUGAUAGCGCAGCUCGCAGAAUUCUGUUAGGUCCAUUUCCUGAAAGCACGUUGGAUGAAGCCUGUAUCUGCCUCCUGCUCCAUUAGAGAGCAAUUCUAUUACACAGACCCCUUCAGUGGUGAGACAGAAAAAAAAGUGAGAGCAUAAAACAUUCAUGUUUGCAUGAUGCAGCACCGGGGCUUUGUGUUUUGUGUGUUUAGGGUCUGUAUCAUUGGAUUACAGUCCAUUUGCACAGAUACAAUGAUCAGUCAAAGAAACAUGUUAAAGUCUGAUUACAGAACAAAGGAUUCUUCUUCUUCAGGGAUCAGAAUUACUGAAGGCAGCAGUGCAGACCGUGCACACUGGUUAUUAAAGCUACUUCUCUUUUAGUAAGAACAUUAUUUUCCAUGCACGUAUUUAAAACACCAGCUUCUCUAACCUUGUUGCUAUUUUCUGCAGUUGUGCAAAGUCACCUUAAACAAAUACAUCUAAACUGUUGUUUUUUUUAGGUUAGUGAAUGACAUCAGUUCCUUCUCUCAACCUCCAGCUGCUCAAUGA